AUGGCGUGUGAAAACCAAACUACUUUGGCUGAGUUUGUCCUCUUGGGCAUUCCAUACCCUAAAAGGCUACAUGCUCCUGUCUUCAUCUUCUUCCUGCUCAUUUAUUUUCUGACUAUCACUGGAAAUACCCUAGUUGUUCUAGCUGUAGCAUCCAAAACACAGCUGCAGAAGCCAAUGUACUGGUUUCUCUGUCACUUGUCCAUCUUGGAUAUCUCCAUGUCCUCUGUGAUUGUUCCCAAGAUGAUUGCAGGAUUUGUUGAAGGUGGCCAGAUCAUCUCCUUGAGAGGUUGCAUGAUCCAGCUCUUCUUCUACCACUUCCUGGGCUGCUCUGAAUUCUUCCUGUACACCGUGAUGGCAUACGACCGAUUCCUGGCCAUCUGCAGACCUCUCCAUUAUAGCACCAUCAUGAGUCCCAGAGCAUGCUUGUGCCUUUCACUGGGUGCGUGGCUUGGAGGCUGCCUCCACUCUAUAAUUGAAACCACUGUCACAUUCUGGUUGCCCUAUGGCCUGCACAAUGAGAUUGGCUACAUCUUUUGCGAUAUACCUGCCAUGCUGAAGUUGGCUUGUGCAGACACAACAUUCAAUGAGGUGUUUACUUUGAUUGACAUUGGUUUGGUGGCCAUAACAUGCAUCUUCUUGAUUCUGAUGACUUAUGCAUACAUUCUCUCUGCUAUUCUGAAGAUCCACUCUGCCGAAGGGCAGCGUCGGGCGUUCUCCACCUGUGCUGCCCAUCUCAUUGUGGUGAUGAUCUGCUACGUGCCUCUUGCAUUCAACUACCUACGCCCAGGAGCUCAGGAUCUCCUCAGUGGGGUGAUAGGGGUCUUCUAUACCACGCUGACCCCAUUCCUCAACCCACUCAUAUAUACACUCAGAAACCAAGAGAUGAAAGAUGCCAUCUUUAGUCUGAAGGAUAGGAAAUGA